AUCAAUAGUGCAGUUCCUUUCAUUUGGGCUUUAAAUAUUCGGUUUCAAGGGUUGCUCUUAUCAUUUAAAGGCGUAUAAAGAUCACCUUGGGACCAUUGAAGAAGACGAUCCUGGCAGACUAGAUUUGACCAUAACUUUGCUCAAGCAUACAAGCAACAUGGUCGACUUAUUCUCCGAUAAGCAUGGUAUUUACGACAUUAAUGACAACCGGAUACGUGCAUUGAAUGAUUCGUUGAAAUUCUUCACAUAGUGGGAACAACAAACGACCACUGGUAAAGAGUUUGUGUCCACUAAGCUAUGGUUUGACAUGCAGUCUAUGAUUCUCGGCUUCACAUCCAUGGUAAGAGAAAAACUAUCACGGUUUCCUGGAUCAGUGAUAAAGCCAGCCAUAGUCAACCAAGAUUUAGUGGAGAAUCACUUCUCACAACUACGGGGGGCUAAUGGUCAAAACGAGAACCUGACAUAUCAACUGACACAGGGAACCCAGAACUCUGUCAUUUUCGGGCAGUCGAUUGUAAGCAAGAAAAGCAACACUGGGGGGAUGAAGAGUAACUCGUUUGUUGGUUUGCCAAACAAGUCACUGUUUGGCAGAAAUAAAAAACUGAAGUUGGCAGCUACUGCAGGGUUGCUCAUCAAUGAAAACGAACAUAGUCUGUAGAAUAUUAGCCAUUAGUAUUUUGCACAAGUAAACAUAACAAAUCCUAC